GAAAAACUAAUGUUUACGAUGAAGUUGCUGCUUUUUAUCCUUUGGAUCGCCUUCUGCUCGGCAAUUCCUUUCUGGAACACCUCGGAAGUGCAGCCUUUUAUCACAAACGGAGAAAUGGCCGAGGUGGGACAGUUCCCCUACCAGGCUGGCAUAAACGUGUCCUUUGGGGAUCUGGGCUGGACCUGGUGCGGUGGGACCUUGAUUUCACACUAUUGGGUCAUCACGGCUGCCCAUUGCAUGGACGGAGCUGAGUCUGCGACCGUUUAUUUGGGAGCCACCAACAUUCAGGACGAAGAUGAGCCCGGGCAAAAGCGCUUCGUGGUGGACAAAUCAAGGAUAAUUGUCCACUCGAGCUACUUGGCCAGCACAACUGCCAAUGACAUCUCCCUCAUCCGUCUGCCCAGAUUUGUAAUUUUCACGGAUCGCAUUCGGCCAGCCAGUCUGCCACGUCGCGUCAACGGAUCCUUCCCCACAUAUGAGUCCCUCAAGGCCAUUGCCUCCGGCUGGGGACGGGAUAGUGAUGCCUCAGAAACAGUGUCUCCGGUUUUGAAGUAUGUAGAGAUGCCUAUAAUGCCACAGGCCGUGUGCCGGAUGUACUGGAGUGGCGCGGUCUCCGAGAAGAUGAUCUGCAUGAGUACUACUAGCGGCAAGUCCACCUGCCAUGGCGACUCCGGUGGUCCUCUAGUCUACAGGAAUGGAAACUCCACCUACUUGAUAGGAGCCACUUCCUUUGGCAGCAGCAUGGGCUGUCAAGUGGGUUUUCCAGCAGUCUUUACCCGCAUUAGCAGCUAUUUGGAGUGGAUUCUGGAUCAUGUGAUUGUCUCAUCAAAACCUAUAAAUUUUCUAUAAAUAGAUUAUCAUUAGAAAUAAUUUUUUUUAUAUUAAUAAAAUUAAGAAGGAAAAUAAAAACCUUUUAAAAUUAAAUAUGCACCCAUUAUUUUUAAGGAACUUUUCAUAUAUUAGCUUAUACUUAUUCGAUUAACGAAUGCUAUACCUUCCUGAUAUCAGCUUUGAACUAUCAUAUGGAGAAUUAAUCCUUGAUUACCUCAUAAAUCCUUCUUACCUCAGAUCUAGAAUAUCUGAUCUAAAAGACAAAGAACUACUUGAUUUUUUUGUCAAAUUUGCUAAAUGAAAUGGAAAAAUUGAACAAAAUUUAGGUAUGGAGCGUUUGUGUCCCUAUACCGCCCGAUCGGAGAUCUGUAUAUCUGCAUCCCUUGUAUUUACGUGGUGCUUUGUCUCCGCGAUUGUGGUUGGCGUGGAAUGUAAAUAUAAUAUUCUUAACUUUCUCAUCAAGAAGCCUUAAAAAAGACCCUGCCAUGCCAUAGUGAAGCCUAGUCUCUAUAAUAAAAUAUUUAUUUGGGUUAUGACGUACGGCACUAUAACGAGUAUUAUCCUACUGGUCGGUGCUAUUAUGAGGAACCAUAUCGUCCUGUACGUAUGGCUUUUCCUGUUCGGCCUCCUCAUUAUCCUAAGCUACUCCAUAUCGGGCUUCAUGCUGAAGGAGAACUGGAGCGGACAUGACCAAAAUCCAAAGUGGAACGAAAUCCUGAAAAUGAUCGUGCAUGUUGGGGCACUCAUUUUCCUUCUCGUUUUCUGCAUCCAUCUCAUGUUUGUGACCUAUUUCUAUGCCAGGUACCAAAAAACUGGCGAAGGUCCUGACUCUUGUUCCUUGUGUCCUCCAUUUUUAAAUUAAUGUCCCAAACUUUUCAAACUUUUCUCGGUUUUUGGAUAAAAAUCAUCAAGCUUUGUGAUUCAAAGAUUUAACAGUCAUUAGUAGACUGCUUAGAAUCAUAAUGAAUAACAAACUUUACCUAAAAUCUGUCUUAGUAAUCACAGUGACUAAAUUUUGACGACUUCAAGUGUAUUUUCCAAUUAUCUGUAAUGUUUUAAGCGCUUUUUUUGUAAUAUAAUUUGAUAGGAAUUUUCAUGACUGUA